CAUCUGCACGCUUGCGGUUUGAUGUGAACUGAUCGUGUGCAUGUUAUUGUCAGAUAUUUUUGUAAUUGAUGAUGAUGAUGAUGAUGAUGAUGAUGAUGAUCGAUGAUAAAAUGGGAAGAAGACUAAAAGGUGCAAAACGGUGUAUCGAUGCAAUCCCGAUUUCCGCAUAUUUCGGUACAUAUCCUCGCGCUUCAGGAAACAUUUGCGCUUCCUGUUUUAUCUGACGCAAAGGAAAUUAGUAUUCAAAGUUAUUCUGAGCGGCUGCUUAAGAGCCCCAGCGACCUCCAUUACACACCGCUCCGUGUCAUUUAGCCUACAAGCAAGCUGCAAAUCACACAGCACACAUUCUGCAGUUGGUUUUACAUGCAGUGCAGUCUGUGGCCCACAGCUACACACAGCUACACACAGCUACACACAGCUACACACAGCUACACAACACACAGCUACACUACACAACACAGCAUUCUAAGCUGAUCCUGCUUUCAUGACUUAGCUGUUUUGUUUUUAUGAUUGAUGUACUGUAGUCAUCUCACCCUGUUACAGUGACUCAUAACUGUGGAACUAGCUUCAUCCUUGUAUCCUCAUCCUCACGGACUGUAGUGAUUGAGAGGAAAAGUUAAGAGGAUUCAACAGGAACCGCUUUGGCACUGAGGUGAACAUAGUUCAGGCUGAAAGGUGUGGUUCAGGACCUCGGACAGCGUCAGAGCAGCUUCUCCUCAAACCAGCUACAAUAAUCAUAAACGCAGGGUCCAAGAUGGCAGAUAUGGAGCAUGCACACCAGCAAUUGUUCACCAGCAGCUUAGGGAUCAUGGCAGUGGUUCAACCUGACCAGAGACUGUACAGAUCUGAGAUCAUAACAAUGUCCUUUUCAUGAGCGAGAAGUCCACCAAGGUGUUCUGCUCUGAUUGGACUAUAACUCUGAAGGAACAGUCCAGAUCAGCUCAUUAGAGAGGACAUUACAGGUGUGAGACGACUGCAAAAGUAAAUAACUGUCUGCACAUUAUCUGUUCUCCCAGUGGGUGAACCUGUGCUCCUGUAUGAGCCAUGAAGGAAACACACGUGACAAAUUCAACUCGGUCAAGUGGAAAUAUUAGCGGUGUAGUGACCAGUGCCUUACUCGGGUGGACCAUGGCUGUGUUCUUUUUUUCAUUUUCACACAUGCCAUUGGCCCAAGCUGAUUGCUGGCUAAUUGAAGGGGAAAAGGGGUUUGUGUGGUUGGCGAUCUGCAGCCAGAACCAGCCACCGUAUGAAGCAAUCCCACUACAUAUCAACAGCACUAUUGUGGAUCUACGGCUCAAUGAAAACAAGAUUCGGAGCAUCCAUUUUUCCGUUCUAAGCCGCUUCAGCAACCUCACCUACCUUAACUUGACCAAGAACGAUAUCUCCUACAUAGAAGAUGGAGCUUUUUCUGCUCAGUUCAAUUUGCAAGUACUGCAGAUUGGUUUUAACAAGCUAAGGAACUUAACAGAGGGUAUGCUGCGAGGAUUGGGGCGUCUGCAGUACCUCUACCUUCAAGCUAACCAGAUUGAGACUGUCUCACCGAAUGCUUUCUGGGAGUGUCCUGCUAUUGAGAACAUCGACCUCUCCAUGAACAGGAUUCAACAGUUGGAUGGAAGUACAUUCCGCGGUCUGUCAAAGCUAACAACGUGUGAGCUCUACUCAAACCCAUUCACAUGCUCCUGUGAACUGAUUGGAUUCCUGCGCUGGUUGGUAGCAUUCCCAAACAGGACAAGUGAAAGGAUGGUGUGUGAUACACCAGCUGGCUUUUCUGGCUAUAGCCUCUUAAGCCAAAAUCCAAGGAUGCCAACAUACCGGAAUGCUUUCCAUGCUCUCUCUACUGUCUGCACAGAUGAUAAUGUGACCCCAUACCUGCUUGGAUCCUCAGAUGGAGGUACCCCCACAAUCCUGCCAGAUCUGAGCCCUUGUGGAUUGGAAGACUGCCCUUCAGGGACACCACCAGAUGAACCCAUCAGCAUCAGCCCAACGUAUUUUGACCCAGAUGCCCGUCCAAUCAUGAAGCUUAAAGAGGUGACACACACAAGUGCAGUUAUCACAAUCCAAAUACCUAAUCCUUUCCGAAAGAUGUAUAUUCUUGUCCUUUACAACAACAGCUUCUUUACAGAUAUACAGAACCUUAAAAGCCAAAGGGAAGAAAUUGAGCUGCUGAACCUAAAGCCCCACACAAACUACACGUACUGUGUGGCCUCCAUACGCAAUUCUCUAAGAUACAAUCAUACAUGUUUGACCAUUUCCACUGUUACACGGACAAUGAAGGAGCAUGUUCCGAACGGUUCGACGGCCACUCAUUAUAUCAUGACCAUAUUGGGUUGCUUCUUUGGAAUGAUCAUUGUACUUGGUGUGGUGUAUCACUGCCUGAGAAAACGUAAACCUGAAGAUGAAUCAAAGAGCAAAAAACUUAAGAUGAAAAGGAAUUUGAUAGAGAUGAAGUAUGGGGCUGAACUAGAAAGUGGACCUAUCUCUCAGCUAUCACAGAAACAAAUGAUGUCCACUGUCGAGCCCAUUCAAAGGAUGCCUUAUUUACCAGCCGCCAAUGAGAAAGACCCGUACAAUGUACAGGAACUCUCUGGAACUCCCAAAACAACUAAAGGAAAUUACAUAGAAGUGAGGUCAGACCAGGCAGAUCGCAUUGAAUGCAGCAUUCCUCCAUCUGAGAACAGCCAAGGAUCUGUGGCAGAAAUAUCCACAAUAGCCAAGGAAGUGGACAAAGUGAAUCAGAUCAUCAACAACUGCAUCGAUGCACUUAAAUCUGAAUCAGCCUCUUUCCAAGCAGUAAAAUCUGGAGCCAUCUCAACCACUGACCCUCAGCUGGUUCUUACAUCUGAGCACCCAGCAGGCAAGUCCGGUCUUCUAUCCCCUGUAUAUAAAGGAGGAUAUCACCACCCUCUACAGAGGCAUCACAGUAUGGAAGCGCCACUGAAACGGGCCAGCACUUCGUCAAGUGGUUCUCUGCGCAGUCCUCGGUCUUUCCGUUCAGACGGCGCCUAUCGCACAGAGUCAAAGUAUAUCGAGAAAUCUUCUCUAGAUGAGUCUGGGAUUCUGACGGUGACCCCGACUUCUGCGAUACUUAAGUCAGAGGCAGAAAGAAUGCGACAUUACACGGAGCACCGGCACUCGUACCCUGGCCCACACCACAUGGAGGAGCAACUUGAGGUUUCUUCAAGCAGGAAAUCGUCCAUCUUGGAGCCGCUGACACGCUCUCGGCCAUACGAGCUGUCAUAUUCACAUCUUUCACCACAGUACCACAACCUCAGUGGCUACUCCAGCCCAGAGUACACCUGCAGGCCAUCCCUGAGUUUGUGGGAACGGUUCAAACUCCACCGCAAACGCCACCGGGAUGAAGAGGAAUACAUGGCUGCCGGUCACGCAUUACGGAGAAAAGUACAGUUUGCUAAAGAUGAGGACCUCCAUGACAUCCUCGACUACUGGAAGGGUGUGUCUGCCCAACAGAAAUUAUGAUUGCUUAUUUUAUUUAAGUGUUUAUUUAAAAAGUGUCUGAAUAAAACUCACUUCACUCUCUGGACCAAAUAAAGACAGUCUUCAUUAAAGCUGCAAUAAGUAACUUUCAGUGAUUUAGGGAUUUAAAUUUAGCCAUCUCUGGUCUGAAGACCAGUUGUGUUACGGCCACAGUGAGCAUCAAUUCAAUGCUCAUUUAAAACAGAUUUCAAGACAACUGGAGAAAAAUCCAGCAGCAGAAACUGAAAAAUUACAUAAGAAGCUGCAAGUAAAUCAACACAACAACAAAACAUGAACACUAAUACUAGUCCGCUAAUUAGCUAGAUUUGCAAAAAAAAUAAAAAAAACACCAUUACCGAAUUAGCCAAGUAACACCGCAACACGGCUAGCUAGCAAACCUGGGUAACAGCGGUUAAAUUACAGAGCGCCUCAUAACCUUUAAAAUGGCAAGCUAAUAUUCAUUAUCAUUGAUGAAAUUCUAGCUAAUAUUACCCAGUGGUGGCAUGUGGUAGCUAGCGGUGGUGUUGUUUACACUUAUUAUUUUACACGAAUUGAUUCAGGUGAUAGAACCUUUGUGUUUUAUCAUCUUUUAAUACUCAGAGUUAAGCAAGUGAGUUGCAGAAGUGAAAGAACACCAAGUUUAAGUCUUCUUAUUUCUGUACUGACACUUUAAUACAAAAACACAAAGUUACAUACUGCAGCUUUAAAUAGAAACUCACUCAUUUUUGGAGUUAGAGUAGCUUAGAUAGAAUGAAAUCACUAGUUAUUUUUGCUAUUGGACAGUAAGGCGUUAUUCACUAGCUCUUACGGGAAGGAAUAAAAAGUAAUAGAUGACUUUUAACAGUAUUAACCUCAAAUGAAAACAUUUUUAUAUAUCACUAAUUAUAAAAGUAAUUAUAGGAUAUUAUAUAUUGUCUAAUUCUUAUUACUAUCAUUAUUAUUAUUAUCGCAAUCAUCUCAUCAUUCUAAUUAUUAUUAUUAAGAUUAUUCUUAUUGAUUACUCUAAUGAAUCUCUGGUUAUCGCAUGGCCGUGUCCUGUGACAGUAUACUGACUGUUGUGCACUCGGAACAAAGAACUUGAUCAAAAUGUCUGCCGAAUACUGUUUCACGUAAGAGUUCGAAAAACAAAAAAACAAAACAAAACUGUGCUACUUUUUUUCCCACUGGUCAAAAGGAGUGCUACAGAAUUUUCAAGGGAAUCUGUAUCAAAAAAAGAAGAAAGAAAAAUGAACACAAAAGCACACGUGUUGUCUUUUACAACAAAACAACUAAAAAAUAACAGCUUCUGUUCGUGCUCUUUUUGUAAAAUUACUGUUCAAUCUGCAAUGAAUGUCUCAAGUCCUUAAGGAUUGCACUGUUUAACUGCACAAAAUACACACACAUACACACACACACACACACACACACACACACACACACACACACACACACACACAGAAGAAUUUAGAAGAAUUUAGGAUGAUUAUUCUAGCCUUUUAUAACUUCAUCACUACCACCAGAUUAUUGAUGUUAUGGUUUAUCCGUCUUUGUUCACAGAGAUAAAUUAUUUUUUAUUUUUUAAAGCCCUGAAUCUCUUCUCUGAGAAAUGAAGCACUGAACAGCGACAACCUCCAAGUGCAAGUAAAAUUAACUCCCUUACAGAAAAAUCACAGUGUCAUGUGAAAGUGCAAUUUAACACAAGGCAAUUUUAAAUAAUAAUGUAUUUAAUAUUAUUAUAAUAAAUGAUGUAAAAGUAAAACAUUUAAACUGCAAAUGAAUGAAAUUUAAACUGCGGGGAAAAAAUUUUUUUUUGAAAUCAAAUAAAUAAUUGACAUUGAGGAAAAUUCGAGUGAAAGUAAACAAGCUUAAUCCUGUGAGAAACGUGCAGCUUGUGUGAGGGCUCUGUGUCGGCACUGUAAACAUCACAGUGUGUGUUUGUCCUUCAGCUCUUGCAGCAGAUGUAAAGUGCUGAACGCAGUAAGUCUCCAACUCGCUAAUCUUCCUUCACAGACAGUAACGCUGAUAGACCGUUUAGA